ACACCUUAGCACAGAGACAAACGAGAAUCGCUCUUUUACGCCUUUUAUUCUCUCUCUAGAAAUGCUCUUUCUCUCUCUAGAAAUUCUAGUCAAAGUUUGUGUAAUACGUUCAAAGCACUCGUUUUAACCUCACAUUAAUAACAAGUACUCAGUGACCACUCAAGUCUCUCUGCUUAGAGAUAAGAAGCAAGAGUUGCAGAGACAGACAUAGACAUAGCUACUACUCAUCUACACACACAUACAUACAUACCUAGAGAGUUUUAGAGAGAGAAAGAGCUGAUAGAUAUAGAGAGAGAAAGGGGUAUGGAUAAAAGCUGUCACUCCUCUGGCGGUGACUCUAGUAGUAGCAGCAGUAGCAACAACAGAGAUUACUACCUCAAACACCUUAACAAAAUCAGUCACAAGAUCUCCAAGCCGGUCAGACGACCCACUUUUGAUCAUAUCAAUCAUCCACCGCCACCACCACCGCCACUGCCGCCGCAAUCACAGCCGCAGAAUCUGCCGCCGCAGCAGCAGCAACAUCAACCGCCGGUGUACAAUAUCAACAAGAGCGACUUCAGAGACAUAGUUCAGAAGCUGACCGGCUCUCCGGCUCACGAGCGGUUCUCAACGCCGCCGCCGAUCCAACCGCCGAAGCCUCCGAGCUCCCGUCUUCAGCGCAUACGCCCUCCGCCCCUCGCGCACCUUAGCAACCGUCCUCCUCCCCUGCUAAGCAACGCCGGCAUAAACCCUAACACCGGCGGAAGCUUGAUUCAGCAUCAACGACAGCCUCUAUCGCCGCUACCGCCUUUUCCGGCUGUCCACGCGGCGGCGGAAUCGCCGGUCUCCGCCUACAUGCGGUACCUCCAGGGCUCAGUCUCGACGGCCGAUUCUGAUCCCAAGCGAUUGUCGCCGUUCUCGCCUAGGUGGAGCUAUCUUGCUCCGCCUCAGCUGCCUCAACAUCAGCAGCAAUCGCUUCCUCGGCAGCAGAACAUUGCUCCGUCGCCGACAUCGGCUUCCAUGGCUCAAUUGCAGUUUCCGAUGCCCUCAUCGCCACUGCCGUUCGCUUGCUUCCCGUCGCCGCGGUCACCUUAUCCGUUUGCCCCAAAUAUGCUGUUUUCGCCUACCACAGCGGGGCAAUUAGGGUUUCAACAGUUCCCUGUGUCGCCAACAGUUCCCGUGCCGAGCCCAAGAUGGAAAGAUGUUUGAGAAUUUUCUGUUUCUGUAUACUCCAAAGACAAAGGUAGGCCUUUUAUGGUGUUGUUGAAAGAGAAUUUAUAUAUUUAUAUCUGUACUUGUAGAUGUUGAGGGUUAUAUUGAUAGCUAGUUGUUGGAAGAAAUGAUGUUUGAUACCAAUCAUUUAGGGUUCGUUCUGUAAAUGGUUGUCACAAUUGUGAAAAAAAAAAAAACCCUAAGUUUGUUCCUUUUGGUUUCUUCAUAGAUUAAAUAUUGGGGGACAUUACUUUUGGCCUAGUUGGUAGAGCGCCCAGCUCCCCGAGCUGGUGUGCCCGUACUCGAGUUCUAAAAAAAGAUAGAUUGAAUAUCGGGGGAGAUAAAGUUCUUCAAGUUUGGUGUAUGGUUGGUUUUAGCAUGCUCUUAAUUUCCGUUUUAUCGUUGUUAUAUUGAUUUUAAAUUGAGUAAUGCUAAAAUGCCCAUGCUUUUAAUUUCUGUUUAUCGUUGUUAUAUUGAUUUUAGAUUGAGUAAUGCUACAAUGCCCGUUUUUUGUGCUAUUCCAAUAGACAGUGUCCAAUAAAAACCGAUCUGGACUUCUAUCAUUUUCCUUUUUAGAUUAAUCUGUACAUUUAUGGUGACAUCUCGUUGCCUUUUGUAGCUAAUAAGCAAACAUUACAUUAUAUGUUGAUUGGUUGGUAUGAGUUGUCUAAUUAUCAGCUUCGAUGAUUUUGAAGAAUUUUAAGGGUUCUUGAAAAUGAUUUAGUAUGCGAAUAAUUUCAUGAUCUGAGAGUUUGAAGUAUGUAGAGUAGGAGGUGCAAUAAGAGAUUGGUCUCUUUGGUCUUCCAAGGUAUAUUGUGCAGGGACCGGGGAGUCGGGGAAUGCACGUGGUCGGUGGUGGAUUAUGGAGUGCUCUAAGAGGCCCGACACCGCCAUCGUCAACCCCUCCCCAAAAAAAAGGUGCGUGUGCUGGGAACUAGGGAAGUAAGUGAUUUUGCUCAGUUUACAUUCAUUUGAGUUUUUGAAAAGUGUCUACAGAUAUGGCACUGUCAAAAGGAGGACUAGAAUUGGAGGGUUCAUUCUUACCACUUAAAAGCAAAAGUGUGUACAUGGGACAUGUCAAAAGAAAAAGUGCACAUUGGUCUCUCUGUUAAUUACUCUCUCUUGUGUAUUUUACAUGUGCAGUAGUAGUACAGUAGCAAGCUCAAAUCUUGGCAGUUUGAUGCAUAGUAGCAUGUUCCGACAAAUCGCUUAUUGUGUUGAGUUUUUGUUGCUUGAGUUUACACCCUUGGCUGCAGUUUACAUGGUAGCAGGUGUCCUAAGUUGAGUUCACAGUGUUGUCCGUUUUGUCAUUUGGUUAAGCUUUCGAUAAUGUUGUGGGGGAAGUCCCUGCAUGCUUUGUGAUCGAAAUGGUUUCUGGCAUUAAUUAUGUGGGCUGUAGCAAAAGAUUAUUUGAGAAAAUGUGCUGGCGAGUUUGACAUAGAAUCAAAAUUCUACACUUGCAACAUGGGAACUCUUAGGAUUCACCAACCUAGGUACUAGCAGUUUUGAAUCUUUUGUCGGUGUCGGUUCUUUAGCGCAAGUUACACACACUUGCUUAAUUUCAACUGUUGGAAUAUAAAGUAGCAUUUCAUUGUUAGAAAUCACUGUUGAUAUAUUUGGGUUGGAAUUUUUAUCCAGGAUUUUCAUUUUUAAGAUAGACACUUUUUUUAAGGGUUGGAAGCCGAGACAAAAGCUAUAUAUAUGUUGUAGGUAAAUGUGAAAACCUCCGUACUUGUUUUUGUUAAUAUAAAUGUUUUACCAUGUUUUAUAGGUUUUGUACCCAAUGUUUUUCCCUUUUCUUGUAUGCUUCUAUGACAUGUUAGGCAAGUGGAGAUCAAAAGCAGGUUUGGAUGGGAAGAUUUGUAUAACUUUAUGUUGUGGGAACUGUUCAUAUUUUUUUCCAUUUGCAUGUGUUUCUCAAAACCAUUACUAAUUGUGUUUGUAAGAUUGUUUCUUCAUUUCGUUCAGUACUUUGUUAGAUUGUUUGUUUCUUUAUUUCGUUCAGUACUUUGAAGAGUUUUUCUAGGGAAAGUCAGUGACGAAGUGUUUAAUUUGGAUCUUUUUCUUUCUAUAUAUUUGCUUACCCUUUACGGGCAGUUGGACUUUCAACAUGAAGUUUUGAGGUUCAUUUUUGGAGAACCUUAUGUUUUGUUUCAUUAAACCCUGUUUCUCAAAAUUUAUAUUCUAUGGUUCCUUAGUAUACAUGCUAAAACUUGAUGUUGCUUUUUAGUUUUUCCUUCUAAAUAUGGUGAUUUCAUCUUAUUUCCAUUUUUUUUUUUAUUUUUUCAAGGUUUCUAGUAUAUUUUGCUUUGGUUGAUUAGUAACUCCCAAAGGGGAUAGCGGAAUGACUCUCACCUCACAUCCUUGAGGUUGGGAGUGCAAAUCCCCUUCGGGCUUAUACUUAAGGAAAUUUCUCCGUGCAAUGUUGGACAGGGGAUUGCAUGCUCUGAAAGGUCGUGCUGGGAAAAAAUAAAAAAAGUGUGUGUGAAAAGGAGUCCUUGCGGUCGACUUCGGGCAUGGCCGGCCGCCAUAGUGUGACGGGCAGUGUGUACAAGGCCUGGGAUUUGGACUAUUUCAUUUCAUUUUAGAUCGGUUUCAAUUUUAAUGGAACCACUCACGUGUAAUGUCCAGUUACUUUAAUUUCAACUUAUGGACUCCAGAAAAUAGAAUGGUAACAUAAUGGAAUCAGGCAGUAAUAACCCAGGCAUAGACAAAAUGGUAAGUGGCCUGUUUAGUUAUUUUAAACAGCAAUUUCUGGAAAAUUAAAUUUUUUUGAGUUACGGAGUAUUUGUUAAAAAAAAAAAAAAAAGAAAAAACAAA